AGUUAAGAAGAACGGAACUGUGUGCGCGAUUUCAAAGCGCGGUAUAUUACGAUGUCGUAAAGAAAAUAUAAUUUCUUAAAACGCUACUGCUGCUGUUAUAGAACCAGCCAUUUGCCGGUGUCGUUCCCUUUCCCAUUGCGCAGCUCAGCUGUUGUUGCGACUACUGCUUCCGUUUUACGAUCGAGCGCUGCAUGCCUGUCUCCUGCUCACCGUUAGCAGUUUGUGAGAACAGCCGACUGGUGCCAACUGCAACGACAACAACUAUACAGCGUGCUCCUGCUGCUGCCGCAGACAAUUAGCGCUGGAGCGAGAAGCGUCCUUGCCAAUGCUGGAGGCCACGACUGUACCUUUCGCGCUGGCUGACCACGACAAUCGUCUUCAAGAUCAGUUCGUCAAUUUGUCAGUCAGUUCGCGCCGUCAGUCACUCAUAUAACUCACUUGGGAUCGUUAACUCUAGACUGUGGGGCGCGGAACGAUCAGCAGCAGCACGGGCCGAGUAGUUGUAUAAGUGCAGGUAAUUGUUGCGUGGUGGUAAAGAAGCAGCGGCACUAGCAGCUGGAGCAGCAGAGUAUUGAAGUGUGUAACCGCAGUGAACGAGUGCGGUACUCUCGAGAAGCCAAUUUAGUUCAGUGUUUUGAGCAACGGGCGGUGGUGAUUCUUGUUUCUCCAGGGAACGUUCGACAAAUCUUCCUCAGAAAAAAGCAAACUUGAAAAACAACAUUCCCCUCACAACUUAAACAGGAAGGCCACUUGGUCAACAUGGCAUCUUCAUCAUCAAAUGCACAAAACGAAGCGCCCACAGCUGGUAGAGUUCAAGAAGUUAAAACCGUUCGUGUCGCAAAAUGGUAUUUUGGCGGGGUCGCAGGAUCUAUGGCCGCUUGUGUUACGCAUCCCCUGGACCUACUCAAGGUGAUCUUACAAACCGAAGGCAAAGUAUUGCAAACUAAAACGCCAGUAAGUAUUAAAGCAAGUACCAUGAAUGUCAUUCGCACUAGUGGUAUUCGUGGUCUCUACAACGGCCUCUCUGCUUCAAUACUACGACAGUUAACAUAUUCAACAACACGAUUUGGCAUUUAUGAAAUUGCUAGAGCGAAAGUGGUCAAACCAGGCGAAAGUAUGGCAUUUUUGGAAAAGGUGGGCCUCGCAGCAGUUUCUGGUGCUGCAGGUGGUUUCAUUGGAACUCCCGCUGAUAUGAUCAACGUGAGAAUGCAGAAUGAUAUGAAGCUACCCCUUGCUGAACGCAGAAACUACAAGAAUGCGUUCGACGGACUUUAUCAAGUAUUCCGCAAAGAAGGUAUAACUAACUUAUUUAAUGGAGCUUCUAUGGCUAUCUCACGUGCAGUUUUUGUAACAAUUGGGCAGAUUUCGUUUUACGAGCAAGUCAAGCAGAUGCUAUUGGCCUCUCCGUUCUUCAACGAUAACCUGGUAACCCAUUUGUCAUCGAGUUUUGCUGCGGGCGCAAUUGCCACGACGCUCACGCAACCUCUAGACGUGCUCAAAACACGUAUAAUGAACGCGACCUCAGGGCAAUAUACCAGCGUGAUUGACUGUGUUAUCCAGACUGCCCGCGAAGGACCUCACGCCUUCUAUAAAGGAUAUAUUCCUGCUUUUGUGAGAUUAGGACCUCACACGAUUCUCAUGUGGAUCUUCCUUGAGCAAAUGCGACUUAACUUUGGUAUUAUUAAGAAAGUGGAAUAGUGUGUAAUCUACGUAUCUGCAGGUCUGAACGUCUUACGGACAGCCUUCAUGGAUAAAAACUUCAUAUCCUGUGUCUCGGUCAUUCGUGUGCGCGUACUUUUGUUGCGUCGAGGAUAUGACAAGCCAAUAGAAACAAGUGCAAUUAAAUUUUUUUCUAUCAAAAACAGAUUUUUUUAAAAAGUACUGUUGAUCGUUUUUUUGCGAUAAUUUACCUUAUAUAAGCUCCUACAUAAAAAAAAAUUAAUAGCACCGUACAAAUAGACAAGAGAAGUAAUCCAUAAACGUCAUCGUAGAAUCUGCGAUCUUUAUCUGUUCAUUCACUUUCGCCAAGGCUAGGUAUACACACCCGAUCAACUUAAACAGUGUUAUUGUUGCUUUAUUUGUUAGCGUAAUAUAUCACUGGUCUGGCACACAGCGCUGUUCAACCGGAGCUAAAUUCGAUUGUAUGGAAUAAGCUGAAAUGUGACUUCGGCCACUGAAGACCUGGCCGUAUAAACUAAACGUAGCUAAGUGUCUAAGACUGAGCUAACUGUGUGCACUUUAUUUCUUGUGCUUCUUUGCCGUUCUCACCAUUUGAGAGUUAACGAAAGUAUCCAGAACAUUCCAUGUUUUUAAGCACCAACAAAGUUCACAGUGCCUUAGUAUACUGUUUCCAUCCCGCAAUGGUCACUGUAGCUUUUUCCUUGCUAGAUUUCCUUGAUGUUUUUACAAAAUAGGCAAAUAGCAAUCGAUUUGUAAAAAAUAUAUACAAAACAACUAAACAGACAUAUUUUCGACAUUCCUUUUAAGAUCAAAGAUACAACUUUCUAGAUUCGAAUGUAAAUAAAUAUAAUAGAUAAAUAUAUAUACAUACCUACAUUUUAUCAACAAUUUAGUUAUCAACAAUUUAGGAGUGGUCGUAUGUGAAAAAGUGACUUGACCACAGUACGUAAAUAAUCUGUAUCAUGGUAAAACGUCUCCGUUUUGACCGCAUCGAUCACCUUCCCAAAUAUUGAUACAAUGUUUAUAUCCCUUCCAUUAUCGUAUCGAACACAUUAUGUACACCUUAAUAAUUUUUAUAACAUUAUUACUAUCUUUUAUCUACUGUUUUUGACAAUGGUCUAACUAGUUCCCGAAUAUAAUUUACGCAGUAUAUUCUUGUCUGCCAAAGUUUUAGAAUUAAGCCUGUAUAUACCUAGAUGUCGUUACUUGUAUGGUUAUUACAUGUAAGGUUAAAUAUCGCUACUCAGUAUGUAAAAAACAUGUAGAACAAUAUAACCUAUAUGUUCUUAGCGUCCCUAACCUGGCCAAGAUAAAUUUGUAAUUAAGGCUGCCUGUAAGGAUACGUCUGCAUAACAAAAAUAAGUCAGAAUUCUUAGUAUGACAUUUUUCACCAACUUUAUUGAAAGUUUAUUUUAUAUAAUACCCGCUUAUAUAUUUUAUUUAUAAGCCCUAAGUGAGUGUACGGUGCUUGAGACAAGCUGAGAAUAAUUUGAAUUGUAUUACCUUUCCUUUCAAAAUGUUUACUCUCGCUGUCUUUUCCUUCACAUAACUCUAAUAAUUUAACAAACCAUUGUACUACCUUUAUCUGAACUUCACGCUUUAGGCUGUCCAGACACCAACUGGUCUCUUAAAGAUAAACCAACGCAUAAAACUGACAAUAUUAUUGUAUUAUAAAUGGUUGUGUUGAGUUUAACCGAAAUAGCAUGAAAUUAUUUAAAAUAAAUAUUUUUGUUGUGCUGUUGCUUAAAGAAAAGACGAGAUUAUAUAAACGUGUCUCAUCGACAGGUUGUUUAAAUCAGUGAGGUAGCGUUUGAUGUUAUAGAAGAUCAUAAAGAUAGUAGUAAAUAGGAAUGUUUAGUGGGUUUUCUUAGACCUAAUGUUGAUGAAUGAGAAUGAUAUUGAUAAACCAAUGAGGUACAAAUAAAGACAAAAAAAUCGCAGUAGUAGUAGUCGUUGUUUUGUGCGCAUUCUAAAGUCCUCCACAAAAACGAAGGCAUAUGUUAUUAUUAAAUUUGCUGUAAUUGUAUCCUAAAAAUAUUUUUAAGAAAAUGCUGAAAUAAUGGAAAUGAUAAUGAGUUGUUGCAAAUGUGGACAGUUCGAAGGGAUAUAUAUAUAUAAUAUAUAUAUAUAUAUAUAUUAGUACAACUAAAUACUUCCUCGAGUUCUGUUGUUACAUCGGGGGGUUGUCGACAAAGAUUUCACGCUUUGGCCUUAAACCAAUUUCCACUGUUGAUGUUAAUACGUGCAUGGUUAAAUAGGAAUACGCCUGACACAGUGAUAACGUUUGACACCUUAUUGCCUAUGAUAGUCUCCGUAUAUCCACUGAUUGAUCCGUAUCUAUCUUUUUUUCUUAUUUUUGUAUCAGCACACAAAUGCACAUAAAUUUUCAGUAUUUAUGUUUCUUUGUCUGUUUAUCGUUGCACUCUAUAUACACAUGUUUUGUCAAUCCAAAUUUACUUUUUCAUGCUGUUCAGGAUUUCCAACUCCAGGUCUGUCUCCCGAUAACACGACAACGCGUUGUUUAAGGUUUAAUCACAUAACAAUAUACAAAUAAUAUGAGGUAAGCCACGGAGACAGACAAUGUUUUUUUUUUUUUUGAAAA